AUAUCAAAAGAUUAUGCAGAUUUGCAAGGCACGAUCUAAAACUGAUAAUCAUAGCAAUAAUGAUUCAUCGAGUGAAGGCGACGAUAGCGAUGACUCUUUAAGCGUAGAUUUGUUUGGUACAAAGUUCUUUAUUAUGAAUGACGGCAACAAGUUCUCCAACAUACAAUCUUGGAAAGACCCUAAUGAGAAUCGUUAUACAAACGGAAACCGAAAAAGCAGUCAUUCUUCUCGUAGCAGCAAUACUCGUGAUUUCAGUUAUUCCAAUGGAGCUGGUAGAUCGAGCUAUGAUCAGACGUAUGACAACUUUGAGAAUGGCAAGCAACAAGAACAAUGCAUCACCCAGUGUUUCUUCAAUGAAUUAAAUAUGGUAGAUCAAAAGGGAUACCCUGAGCAAGUCUCGAUCAUUCAGUUUAUGACACGUAAUACACACAAUCCAGAAUUACAGGAUUUGAUAGAGGAAGCUGUCAUAGAAUGUUUUCAUUAUUUGGAUUCAGAUGCGAGACAGAACGCAUGUUACUUCUCGGAAAAUCUCCUAACUUGUUUAAUUGAUAAAGGAAAGGAAGUAUGUAUACAAAUUUUUCAAGGACUACAAUUUAGUGCAUAACAAUUGUACAUAACAAUGGUAGAAACGUUUGUACAAUUUUGUACUCCUUGGGUUAUUAAUAAUAUAUGGACAUCUUAG